AUGUACAAUUCUGUUGCUUGUGAGAGUGCACCAAACUCGAGCCAGGCCAAGAACAUAUCCAAAGGUUCAGGUUGUAAGUCGUGCUACAGUCUUAUGCUAUUGGAGGAUCAUGACAGAAUGAAGCAAGCUUUUCCUGAUGUGAUGCAUGCAAUGAAGAAUAUUGUUGUUGCAUUUAUUGAUUUGAUAACAGGAAGGGAAGACACAGUCAAAGUAAGACGAACUGAGGAAGAGCUGAAAAGGUUUCCAGGAUGUUAUAUUAAAGAGGGUGCUGCCACAACAUCAGUGCAAGGUAUUAAUUGUUUGAAUCAAUUAUAUGCCUGUGUUAUUAAACAAAGUCACUUAAUUUGUAAAGUUACUAGCACCACGCAUGCCAUAUAGUAGAUAUAUACAGCAGACCAUGAUUAAAUAUUUACCUCAUACAGUAAGUUAUGUUUGUGUGUAUGUGUGUGUGUGUGUUUUGGAUAACUCACAAAAUAUAAAACCAAAACAUAUAAACACAAAUAGGGCAAAUGGUAAUGUUCCAAGAAAAAAUCAAUUGAAUUUUGCACAAUAUAUAAUUUGAUGAAUUGUAUCAAACUCACCACAAUUAUAUAUUGAACUGCUGUGUGAUAUUCAAUAGAAUUAUCAAUUUAUAGUAAGUCAUUUGGCAUAUUUUAGGGCGUGGUUCUUCUACAGUUACUGGAAAAAAGAACAAGAUGAGUAAUGCUAAGAAGAAUUUGCCAGAUGCUCCAUUCCACUUGACCAAAGAUGAGUUGAAGAAAGCUGACCAGCGAUCUUCAGAGAUUUGUGUUCCAUCUGGGUUUGGUUGGAGACCAGCAACAUUUUUUAGUAAUUACUUGGGAAUGAAAACACAUGAUUGGAAGGAGGUACACUCUCUAAACCUAUAUAGUUAUAUGUUGAUAUACAGUAAUUUACUAGGGUGGAUAAUAAUAAUGAUAUAGAGUGCAUGUUUUAAGGCAUACAUGGUGGCAUGCGGCAUAGUGGGUUCGCAGUAAUAGACCUUUCCCCUUAUAACUAAAAUUUUGAUCUAGACAGUCUAAACAAAGUGCAAUUCUUCAUUUAUGUCAAUAUAUUUUUGUUAAAGGUGGCCACACAGGGCAUUAUCAAAUAUUGCCUGAGAGAUGCUCUAGGCUUAGAUCAACGGAAGACAUUUUUUUCGAUUACUGGACACACUUACCAACCUCACUGCAGAGGAACAUGCCAAGGAUAGAAUUGACCUCUUGUGAAGAGAAGACAACACAGUUUGUGCUUUAAUUGAAAGGGAUUUUCCGAUUAGUCUACAAGUAAUCAUGACUACAAAAAUUGGUUUGUAUAGCAAAUAAUGCUAUCAAAAUGGCUAAAGUUCGUCUGGAAAAAGGUUUAAGACUUUAAUCAGUGAUGAUGAUGAGUGAUUACUACUGUAGACCAAAAUAAGAAGUGCAAUUACAUUUGCUGCAAUCGUUUCCCCCCAAAUUUGCACCAUAGGGUAUAUUGUAUCACACAAUAGUUAGACUGAUGCCCAUCUGCUCUCACAUUACACAAUGAUUGUUUCCCUGCAGGUUGUUAGCCUUCACAUCCUUAGGCAUAUUGUGGAUGGAAUUGAAUGUUAUGGGCCAACCCACAGUUGGUCAAUGUGGAGUUAUGAGCGUUUCAAUUCAUGGAUUUCGAGACGUGUCAUGAACAGGACAUCCCCAGAGGCGACAAUCCUUAGAACAUAUCAGGUACAUGCAUGCAUGUAUAUGUGGAAGCUUUUGUGUUCAUCAAAUUAAACUUAAUGUUGCAAAAAGGAUUUUUGAAGGAAAUCAAGGAACAAUCAAUGACAAAACACCUUGGACGAAAUAGCACUAUAAUCGACUCAAAUACAACAUAAUCGACCCCUGCACCUCCAUUAUAAUUUUGUGUGGAAAUAAACUUUGUCAAAAUGUUGCUUAACAUGAAACCAACAUUGUACCGGGUGUGCGAGGGAGGGAUGGUGUUAUUGGAUCAUAGGAUGUUUGGAAUGUGUAAAUUCCUGUUGUAGCCACAAGCUAGCAGUCCUACUAAACACUGCCCGAGACUGCCCGGGAAGAAUAAAAUGACUGCCCGGUAAUAAAUAAUAAAAUAUCAUUAAAUGCUAUAGUUACCAAUGAUUCUUCAUUACACGAAGGAAAAUAGCAAUAGAAAUUAUAAUGGAAAAUAGAAAUCAUUCUGUGAUCUUAACUGUAAACACGCGGCAGUGCAGGGUGUUAAAUGAGCACCACAAAAUAAAAACACUGUACAAAAUUGUCAAACUUCGCCAGGUCAUAAUAUCGAUAUUUUUUCAGCCCGAGCUUUAUAAUUUUACUAAUCUUGAUGUGCUCUUUCCAGCUGUUGCAUUGGAUUUUCUUUUCUUUGCUUCAAUCGAAAAUUUUGCGAUCGCUAUAAAGUUUGUCUAUUGUUGUGAGGUAAAGGAACUCUACUAGACUUGUCUUGUAACGCUCAUGAAAUAUUUCUUUCCCAAUGGCAAAAUUAAAAAGGUAUUUAUGAUAAUAGAGAGUGUUAUUUUAUCCUGGGCUGUCCGUUUAUUCUUUCCGGGCAGUCUUGGGCAGUGUUUAGUAAGACCGACAAGCUAGUACUGUAAGUACUAUUUACAACAUGAGCGGCCAUGUUGUAUCGGAUAUACAGACUUGAGCCGAAGGCGAGAGUUUGUAUAUCCGAUACAAGACGGUUGUCUAAGCCGAGAAAAUCAAAGCCGGUUGUCUAAGCCGAGAAAAUGUUGUCUAAGCCGAGAAAAUCAAAGUUAAAGUUUAUGUAAAUCAACAUUUAAGACAUAAGUGGACUGACAAGAUAUGCAUGAAAAACAAUUGUAAUGUAUUAUAACUUACAAGUGUAUUGUAUAUGCAUGUAUAUGUAUGUGUGUAUAAUUAUAUAUAUUGAAUUUAAGAUAUUUGACUGGUGCCAGCACAUGAAGAUGUCAGGAAGGAUCACUUCUGUUGAUACUAGCGCAACACUAGCGAAGAUGAUGCUAAAGCUGCUGAAAAAUCAACCACUACUAUUCCACAGAAUGUGUUUAUUCUUUUAAAAGACUUGAACUCUGCUAACAUCGAUAUAAAUGAGGAAUGUUGCAACCUACCUAAUGUCAGUAAUGAUAUGUCAUUGUAUACAGACCUUCCAACUUUGUGGCAUGAAAAUGAGUGA